GCGCUGCAGAGGGCGGAGGAGGAGGAGGAGGAGGAGGAACUACGGGUGGAAAAAAAGUUAAAGUAAAAAUGGCUUCCUUGUCUUUGGAGUCUACAGAACAAUCCGAAAACAGCCCAGAGGAGCCGACGGCGCCGGAGCCCAAAGAAGAGAAAGAUGCGCUCCAAGUUUCGGAGCAGUUACUCCAAAGUUUCCAAAAGUCGGCUCUGAGUUUUUCCACUGACCAAGUAGCAUGUCUGUGCGAGGCCCUUCUGCAGGCGGGCAAUGUGGAUCGCCUGUGGAGAUUUCUAUCCACCAUACCGCCUUCGUCCGAGCUGCUACGUGGCAACGAGACCAUGCUGAAGGCGCAGGCUCUGGUGGCCUUCCACCGGGAGGAAUUCAAGGAGCUGUACGCCAUCCUGGAGAGCCACGACUUCCACCCGUCGAACCAUGGGUUCCUGCAGGACCUGUACCUGAAAGCCCGCUACAAGGAGGCGGAGAGGUCCCGCGGCCGCAGCCUGGGCGCAGUGGACAAGUACCGGCUCCGGAAGAAGUUCCCCCUGCCCAAAACCAUCUGGGACGGAGAGGAGACCGUGUACUGCUUCAAGGAGAAGUCGCGGAAUGCCCUGAAGGAGUGCUACAAGAACAACAGGUACCCCACCCCGGACGAGAAGAAGAACCUGGCCAAAGUCACCGGGCUGUCCCUCACACAGGUCAGCAACUGGUUCAAGAACCGCAGGCAGAGGGACAGGACCCCGUCCGGCACCCACAGCAAAAGUGAGUCUGAUGGAAACCACAGCACAGACGAUGAGGCGAGCGCCAUGGACGACACCCCCGACAAGCCUGAGGCUGCUGGCUCUGCGGCUUCCAUCAUCUCCCUCUCUGCAGUCCCUUGUAGCACGGGAGGCCAGCUCAUCCUCAACGGCUCCAGUGGCUUCCUCACGGCCUCCCAGCCAUUACUGCUCAACGGCAAUUCCCUGAUCUCUAGUACUGGUGCUGGUGUCAUAAUCAAUGGGCUGAGCUUGGGGGAUUGCCAGACAGUCACACUGAGUCCCGUCACAGCCAACCCUCCUUUGAUACUUAACGGGGCUCAAGUAAUAACCAAAUCUGGUAUCGGUGUGCAGCAGCAGCAGCAUGCCAUUUCUGUGGCAGAGCAGGUAUCUGCCAUGGAGGCAAAGACGGGCAGUCUUCCAUCAGUUGUUUUUAGCACUAACACCACAACAGUGUCAAACCCUCCAUCCAUAAUCUCUCUUCCACUGCAAACCAAGACGGACAGUUGCAAUGUAAUAGAUUACAUCGGUGUGCCUGAAUCGGAGGGCUGCAGUCAGACAGUAUCUUCCUCCUCCUCUUCAUCUUUAUCCCCUUCUUCGCCCACUUUGUCCUCCCCAAACAGUCUCCCUUCGCUUGUCUUAACACAGAACACCCAGGAGUCCCUCGCUCUACCAGCCUCUCUGUCGUCUGCAGGCAUGGUCAUCUCCAGCUCUGCCAUGCCUCUUUCAAGUCAGCACGGGGAGUAUCUUGUGUUUGCCGGCUCCCAGUUAAAUCCCUCUAGCUCCGUGGUUUCCACCAGCAGUUCCACCCCUCAGGUGUUCUCUUUGCCCCAGGUUGUGCCUUCCAUCCAGGGUAUACCCGUAUCCCAGCUGGUCCAGCACUCUUCAGGAGCCCAGGUGUCGCAGUGCCCUCAGUUGGUCCCAGUAUCGCCCCUCACCCCUUCAGCUCCACACUUUCAAACCCCACAGACAGUGAACACAGGCAGCAGACUGGCGCAACAGCAGCAGGAUGCUCCAAUGACCCUGCCUGAAGGUGCCACUAAUAUAGUCUCGAUCUCACAGCUCAACAACAGUCAGCUUCCACAGCGAAUAGCACACCAACUGGGGGACCAAACCACAAACUCCACAUCCAGCAAAAUCCACGUCCCUCAGGUUAUUUCCAUCUCUUCCCCAACUCAAGUAGUCCCAGUCCCCCUGUCCAAAGGCAACACACCGACACAGCUCGUCCCGCUCUCCAUGCCUCAGCUGGUCCCAGUCUCCUCCAUCCAAACAUCCUCCACCAUCUCUUUCCCCCAAGUGGUACCUGCCAGCCCCUCUCUCUCCAUCCCCUCUGCUGGAGUGCCCUUACAGAUCCUGACUUCAGCUCCUACAGCGGGAGCGAUCGCACAGGGUCCUCUCAGGAUAAACCAGCUGCGGCCCUAUCAGAGCGUGGGGCCCCCAACCAGCAUGGGCCCUGGUGUGCAACUCCUCAACUCUGGGAUCAUUCAGCUGCCCUCUGCUGCUCCAGGUAACCUUCUCCUCGGUGGAAGCCCCUACCUGAGUGUCCAGCAGGGCAAGCUGAUUCUCACCAUCCCAGCAGGCAUCCAACUUACCAGCUUGCCCCUGAAAGCUGUUCCAGACACUCCAACCGUCUCUACUAACGGACUGAGCCCCGCUCUCGCCCUCUCCACCCCUCCUAUGGCCUCCCAGCCAUCAACCACCUCAGGACAAACCCCCAGUGGCCUCACAUUAUCUCCUCUGAACUUCAUCAACUCCUCUCCACCGUACUAUGCCCCAGAGACUGGGCUGGCAACCAUCCAGUCACCUGCCGUCCCCCCCCCUCAUACGCUGGACCCUUCGGUUGCCUCCACAUUGCCAAACACUCUCAUUCCAGAAAGCAUGCUCACCCUCAGUCCCAUGUAUAGUGGAGUCACACCCAACAGCCACUUGUCCCAGCCGGCGUGGAGCCCUGUGCCCCUCUCCACAUCCGCCAGUCUAACUCUGUUUGAUGUACGCGGCAAGGGGGACUUACCCGUAGACCCGGCUUUGUUGGGCCUCCCUGGAGGAGAGUCGCUGCUCUUGGGCAGCCCCUCUCCAGAGCAGGACGUGGAAGCCAGCUCACCACUGGGGAACCCAGAGGAUAUGGAUGGGGACUCCAAGAUUCUCACCCAGCUCCAGUCUGUCCCUGUGGACGAUGAGCUGGGCUUGUGAAACACACGUGCAUCGAAAAGAUGCAGCAUACAGAAGGGUACAGACCCUGCCAUUUGUUUUUUUUAACGUGAUUUUAUUCCAUCUUGUCAACCCUCAAAGACUUAAAUGUCCUUUACAAUAUGCCGAGGUUCUGACGCGUACAAUGAUGCCCUCCCGGCGGGGCCUGAUGCCAUCAUGGCCUAUGCUGGCACUUUUGAGACAAACCCUCUGCAGCUCUUUUUUUCACAUGGAUGUGCCGGGUUGUAUGGCAUAUUCACCUGCUGGUUAACAUCUGAAUAUUCUUCUUUUAAUUUUUUUUAUCGGUAUGUGCCUUACAUGUUGUCAGAUCCAGACAGAAGAGCGGACACACGAGUCAGCUUGCUUUAAACAAAGCAUCAUGGCUCUAUCAAGUCUGUCAGAUCUUCUUUGCAGUUUUGUGUACUGCAAACAAAGCUCAGCUGUCCUUGGAACAAGAUCCCUGUUUUUUUUUUUCCUCUGGCAGUAGAAGUAGUUCAUUGAGGAUCCAACAAGAUAACUAUCCCGGACUGUCUGGCUAAGGAACAAACCGUGAAACAGUUGCCUGCCUGUCCAGAGGUCAAGAGAUUCAGGAGUUUAUUUUUUUCUUUUUGUUGCUCACAGCCUGAACACAUUGUUCUACCAACACUCCAGGAUUAUAGUGAAAGAUCAUAUUCUUCACAAGCGGAAGUGAGCUGAGUUGGUUGAACUUCAUGUGAAUCGGCGGAAAUUUGUUUUCUUUUAACUAUAAUUACUGAACAGCCUCAAGGGCUGUACAGUGUUUUAUUAAUACAUGUUACUGAAGUCUGGGUUUAAACAUGCAGCCUAUUUCCAUUGAAUCAGUAAACUGUUUUAAAUGACUCUCGCAGUUUUCCAGUGAGAACGCUGCUCUCUAAAUAUACCACAGGAAAUAAAAGGGUUCAUACUCUAUGCAAUGCAUGUUUAGUACUUUAUAGGACACUAAGUGGCACAGUGGCUGAGUCAAAAAAGCCAAGUGCACUCGGGAGAUGAAAUGGAGCUUUGAAAUACUGGUCUUUUAAAUGAAGCGCGACGGCGCAUUACACUAAAACGUUUGCUGUGAUCCCACUAAGUGACACUUGUUGUCAAAUGCAUAGAAAAUCUGUCGAUAUUGAUAAGUGCCUUAUUCUAAAGCUUACAGGUUUGAUGUUUUAAAAAAAAAAAAUCUGAAAUGUUUGGAUGUUUUACGUACACCCACAUUUCUGUAAAAGUUUGAUCUCCAGUGAAACAUAAUGUGACAGCUUUGGUUGCAUAGUCAAAGCUCGAUCUCCUUUUUGUAUAUUUUGCACAUUUCAUUCACACGAUGUUUACGUUGUGUUGCCGUGAUGUUAUGACAGUGGUACAACUUUAAUUCGGUUUGGUAAUGUCCUACUGUUUCUUAAUUGGACAGUUGUAAUCCCUAAUUGGAUGAAUUAGUUGAAUCAGAAAACAGAAGAAUGAUUUCCUGAUGAAAUCUGUGGUAAAUUGAUUCAUUCUAUUGAGUUCUACUGUCAUAACACAGGUAGCGGUCAAAUAUUUGGCCAGUUAUGGUACACGAAAAAUAUACUUCUAGUUACAGUAAUGGCUUAUGUGUUGUUGUUGUUGUUUUUUAUUGGUAUGUUUGUUGUGUUUGUCUUUUUGUACAUUUAAUCUAUUUAAAGCAUUUAUCAAUCAGUUUUUGAGUUUUAACUAAGAAAAUGAGUCAUUGGGGAAAAAAGAUGAUAGGAAAUGAUAUUCAUUUUCACUUGGAACGUCACAUUGUUGUGCAAACUGAGGUUUUACAAUCUCAGACUACAGGUAUUAAAACAAUGUUUGAGGUCAUUAAUACUUAUUUUGAAAUGGGUCAUCCCCCCAGUUGCCUUUGGAUAGCUAGUUAAAUGGCUCCGACAAAUCAAAUGUAGUUUGAAUUUUACUGAACAAAUUCUUUUAAGGGUAAAGGGAAAUGUGCUCUUUCAUAUAUGAAAUAUGGUAGCUUGCGUUUGUUUAUACGAGCCAUCUCUUGCCAAAGUAUGUUGACAUUAAAGACAGUGAGGGCACAUGCACAUUUGUGGCCCUAUUUGUUUGUAGUGUGACAUUUACUCUCCUUCCUCACAUGUAACGUAUAUGACUCCCAGUGUAACCAAAGAUUUUGUAUGUUGAUCAACUUUUUUUAUUGAUAGCUAUGAAAGGGAUCAUUCGUGUCUGUCGUUCAAGGGUUUAGUUUUCUCAUUUUUGUAUUCAAAUGCAUUCUAUUUUUUAUAUCAUAUGAUAUUGUAAUAAACUACAUUUAAAAGAUG